GUCGGGUCUGGGCGGGCCGGACGCCGCGGGCCAGCGCCAUUGAGGAGCCGGGAGGGGCAGCGCCGCGCAGGGCCGGGCUCGGCCGGGACGGCGGCAGAUUCUUCUAUGACCAUGAGAGAGAGAAAUAAAGAAUGAUCCAUGAUUUCUAAACACCUUGUCUUGAGGAUAUAGUCAUGUUGGAAGGUCUUGUAGCCUGGGUUCUCAAUACUUAUCUGGGAAAAUACGUCAACAACCUGAACACUGACCAGCUCUCUGUUGCGCUUCUGAAAGGUGCUGUUGAGUUGGAAAACUUGCCCUUAAAGAAAGAUGCCUUGAAAGAACUAGAAUUACCAUUUGAAGUCAAAGCCGGCUUAAUUGGGAAGGUAACUCUUCAGAUUCCCUUUUAUCGCCCCCACGUGGAUCCUUGGGUGAUCUCCAUCUCCAGCCUUCACUUAAUUGGAGCCCCUGAAAAGCUAGAGGAUUUCGAUGAUGAGAAGGAGAAACUCUUGGAGAGGGAGCGCAAGAAGGCUCUGCUUCAAGCCCUGGAGGACAGAUGGAAGAAUGAACGCCAGCGGAAGGGGGAGUCCUACUGGUAUUCAGUUACCGCCUCUGUAGUUACGAGAAUUGUGGAGAAUAUUGAAUUAAAAAUUCAAGAUGUUCAUUUGCGCUUCGAAGAUGGUAUUACUAAUCCGUCCCAUCCUUUUGCGUUCGGCAUCUGUAUUAAGAAUGUGUCCAUGCAGAAUGCUGUGAAUGAACCUGUACAGAAGUUAAUGCGGAAGAAGCAACUAGACGUAGCAGAGUUCAGCGUCUAUUGGGAUGUCGAUUGCACUUUCCUGGGGGAUUUGCCCCAGGUGGAGUUACAGGAGGCCAUGGACAAGAGCAUGGAGAGCCGCGAUCAUCACUACAUCCUGGAGCCUGUGUGCGCAUCUGCUCUCUUGAAGAGAAACUGCUCCAAAGAGCCGCUGAGGUCUCGGCACGCUCCCCGGAUCGAAUGCGAUAUUCAUUUGGAGACCAUCCCCUUGAAACUCUCACAGCUGCAGUACCGGCAGAUGAUGGCAUUCCUCAAGGAGCUGGAGCGAAAGGAGAGGCAGAGCAGGUUCCGAAGAUGGAAGCCCCGAGUGGCUGUGUCUGAGAACUGCCGAGAAUGGUGGUACUUUGCUCUGAAUGCUAACCUGAACGAGAUCAGAGAGGAGAGGAAGCGUUGUACCUGGGACUUCUUGUUACACCGUGCCCGCGAUGCUGUGUCUUACACCGACAAAUACUUCAGCAAGCUGAAAGGAGGCUUGCUGCCUGCAGAUGACAGGGAGGAGAUGCGUCGGAUUGAGGAGGAACAGAGCUUUGAGGAAUUGAAGAUUUUGCGUGAACUGGUUCAUGAGCGAUUUCACAAGCAAGAAGAACUGGCAGAGAGCCUACGAGAGCCUCAAUUUGAUUCUCCAGGAGACUCUCCUGGAGACCCAGAGACCAGUGGAGGCAGUGGGAUGCUACAGUACCUUCAAUCCUGGUUUCCUGGCUGGGGUGGCUGGUAUGGGCAGCAGACCCCUGAGGGGAGACCGGUUGAGGGACUGUCAGCAGAGCAGCCUGAACAGUGGACUCCCGAGGAGAUCCUAGGCACCGAGGAGUUUUUUGACCCGACCACCGAUGCAUCCUGUCUGAGCGCGUACACGAAGCGGGACCUUGUUUUUGCCAGACUGCACUUGCGGCUGCAGCGGGGUUCUGUGACACUGCUGCGCCAGGAGCAGGGCACCCCACAGACGGAGGAGAGCGCCUUCCUGCAGCUUGAGUUGUCAGAUGUGAAGCUAUCGGCAGAAUCUCUUCCUCGAAGAAAUUCCUCGCUGCUCUCAGUACGGCUGGGGGGACUGUUUCUUCGGGACCUGGCCACAGAAGGAACCGUGUUUCCCCUUCUGGUGUUCCCGAAUGCACAAAAAGAAGUUGGCAGAGUCUCACAGUCUUUUGGUCUCCAAACAACAUCUACAGACAGAAGUGAUCAUAACCCUGCUGCGGACCCAGACGACCCAGUUUUUGAGAUGCUGUAUGAGAGAAAUCCAGUGCACAGCCAUUUUGAGAGGCGGCUGAAUGUCAGCACGAGGCCUUUGAACAUCAUAUAUAAUCCCCAGGCUAUUAAAAAAGUAGCAGACUUUUUCUACAAGGGAAAGGUUCAUACCUCAGGUUUUGGUUAUCAGUCUGAACUUGAGCUGAGAGUGGCAGAAGCUGCCCGAAGACAGUACAACAAACUGAAGAUGCAGACCAAGGCAGAAAUCCGACAAACUCUCGAUCGUUUGCUAGUGGGUGAUUUCAUUGAGGAGAGUAAAAGGUGGACAGUGCGACUAGAUAUUUCUGCCCCUCAGGUGAUCUUUCCUGAUGAUUUCAAAUUCAAGAAUCCUGUGUUAGUUGUUGUGGAUCUAGGGAGAAUGCUGUUGACAAAUACCCAAGAUGACUCCAAGAGGAAAAGUGGAGAUGGGAUAGCAUCUGAAGAAAACCAGUUUAGUGAUGAUGAAUAUAAGACGCCUCUUGCCACACCUCCUAACACCCCACCUCCUGAGAAAAGCAGUGGUAACGGAGGGAAAACACCUCCUUUUGCUGGAGUUGAAUUCAGUGAAGAGCAGCUUCAGGCCCAUUUAAUGAGCACGAAGAUGUAUGAGAGGUACUCCCUGUCAUUUAUGGACCUCCAGAUCAUGGUUGGACGAGUGAAGGACAAUUGGAAGCAUGUCCAGGAUAUUGAUGUGGGACCAACCCACGUGGUUGAGAAAUUCAAUGUUCACCUGCAAUUAGAACGUCGAUUGAUUUAUACAUCAGAUCCCAAGUACCCUGGAGCUGUGCUCUCAGGCAAUUUACCAGACUUGAAAAUCCACAUCAAUGAAGAUAAAAUAUCUGCUCUAAAGAAUUGCUUUGCUCUCCUGACUACCCCAGAAAUGAAGACUUCAGACACUCAGUUUAAAGAGAAGAUUUUUCCCCAAGGAGGGCAACGGGGAAGUUUGCAAGACUCAGUAAUGAAUUUAACCCAGAGCUUUGUGAUCUUGGAGCAGCACACCCGUGAGGUUCUGGUAGAGUCGCAGCUCCUCCUGGCUGAAUUUAAGGUGAACUGCAUGCAGCUUGGAGUGGAGAGCAAUGGCCGGUACAUUUCCGUGCUCAAAGUGUUUGGGACCAAUGCUCACUUUGUGAAGAGGCCUUACGACGUUGAGGUCUCCCUGACCGUUCAUGGCUUGCUCCUGGUGGACACAAUGCAGACGUACGGUGCUGAUUUUGACCUUUUGAUGGCUUCACAUAAGAACUUGAGCUUUGAUAUUCCAACUGGAAGCCUCCGGGAUAGCAGGGCCCAGUCUCCUGUCUCUGGAUCCAAUGCAGCCCACCCCACUAAUGCUGCCACACUAAAUGACCCAUCAGCUACUGGUGUUUCGCUUGACAAAAUUCUCACCAAAGAACAGGAGUCCCUCAUUAAACUGGAAUAUCAGUUUGUGAGUUCAGAGUGCCCGUCGAUGAAUUUGGACAGCACUCUUCAGGUGAUUUCAUUACAGGUGAAUAAUCUUGAUAUUAUCCUAAACCCGGAGACAAUUGUGGAACUGAUUGGUUUUCUUCAAAAAUCUUUUCCUAAGGAAAAAGAUGAUUUGAGUCCUCAGCCUUUAAUGACUGAUUUUGAAAGAAGCUUUAGGGAAGAAGGAGCUUACCAGUCUACAUAUGAACAGAACACUGAGGUUGCAGUGGAAAUCCACAGGCUUAAUUUACUACUACUUCGGACGGUGGGAAUGGCAAAUGGCGAGAAAUACGGCAGAAAAAUUGCAACUGCAAGUAUUGGUGGCACGAAAGUUAAUGUCUCAAUGGGUAGCACAUUUGACAUGAAUGGUUCUCUGGGCUGUUUGCAGCUUAUGGAUUUGACACAAGAUAAUGUUAAGAACCAGUAUGUUGUCAGCAUUGGGAAUUCCAUAGGCUAUGAAAAUAUCGUUAGUGAUAUUGGGUACUUUGAAUCUGUCUUUGUUAGACUGGAAGAUGCAGCCCUCAGCGAAGCUUUGAGUUUCACAUUUGUUGAGAAAUCUAAGCAGGAGUGUUUUCUCAACCUGAAGAUGGCUUCCUUGCAUUAUAACCACUCUGCUAAAUUUUUGAAGGAGUUGACCCUGUCCAUGGAUGAGCUGGAAGAAAAUUUUCGAAGUAUGUUGAAAAGCGCAGCUACCAAAGUCACUACAGUACUAGCUACCAAGACGGCGGAGUACAGUGAGAUGGUAUCACUCUUUGAAACUCCAAGGAAGGCCCGGGAAUCCUUUAUCUUAGAAGAAAAUGAAAUGUAUGGGUUUGGCCUCGCUGGGUCUCAUUCUGACACCGUAAAGCUAAUCUUGAACAUAAACAUUGAAUCCCCUGUUGUUUCUAUCCCUCGGAAGCCUGGGAGUCCUGAGUUGUUGGUGGGACACUUGGGACAAAUAUUCAUCCAGAAUUUUGUGUCAGGAGAUGAUGAAUCCAGAAGUGACCGUCUGCGAGUAGAAAUUAAAGACAUUAAGUUAUAUUCUUUGAAUUGUACCCAGUUGGCAGGCAGAGAGGGUCCUGGAUCCGAAGUAAGCCGGGCGUUUUGUUCUUCUGGGUCUGUCAGUGCCAGUAGUCAGGAGGAAGCUCAAUUUACCCGACAUGAUUUCUUUGAAUCUUUGCACAGAGGUCAAGCUUUUCAUAUCCUGAACAACACCACCAUUCAAUUUAAACUGGAGAAGAUCCCUAUAGAGAGAGAAUCUGAAUUGACUUUCUCCCUUAGUCCAGAUGACCUGGGAACUUCUAGCAUCAUGAAGAUCGAGGGGAAAUUUGUCAACCCAGUUCAGGUGGUGUUAGCAAAGCACGUGUAUGAGCAGGUUUUACAAACGCUGGACAAUCUUGUGUAUAGUGAAGAUCUGAAUAAGUUUUCGGCCAGUGCAACCUCCUCACCUUGCCCUAAUUCUCCUCUGCCUUCCCUCAGUACCUGUGGAGAACCUUCUAUUGAAAGGAAGGAGAAUGGAUUGUUCAGCCACUCCAGCCUUUCUAACUCUUCUCAAAAGUCCUUGUCUCUGAAGGAAGUCAGAUCUUUUACCCAGAUUCAAGCCAACUUUUGUAUAUCAGAGCUUCAAGUCCAGCUAAGUGGAGAUCUGACUUUGGGGGCCCAGGGUCUUGUGAGCUUAAAGUUUCAGGAUUUUGAGGUGGAAUUCAGUAAAGACCAUCCUCAGACUUUAUCUAUUCAGAUUGCCCUGCGCUCUCUGCUGAUGGAAGACUUACUGGAGAAAAAUCCAGAUUCUAAAUAUAAAAACCUGAUGGUGUCUCGGGGAGCCCCUAAGCCAUCUAGUUUAGCGCAAAAAGAAUAUCUUUCUCAGUCUUGUCCUUCAGUAUCCAAUGUGGAGUAUCCUGACAUGCCUCGGUCUCUCCCUUCCCACAUGGAAGAGGCUCCUAAUGUCUUCCAGCUGUAUCAAAGACCCACCUCAGCAUCCCGGAAGAAGCAAAAGGAAGUCCAAGACAAGGACUGUCCCUUGACCCCACCUCCUUCACCAACAGUAGAUGAGCCCAAGAUACUUGCUGGAAAGAGUAAAUUUGAUGAUUCCUUGGUACAUAUCAAUAUAUUCUUGGUGGAUAAGAAACAUCCAGAAUUCACUUCCAGUUAUAAUCGAGUUAACCGGAACAUUGAUGUUGAUUUUAACUGCCUGGAUGUGCUGAUCACACUACAAACCUGGGUCGUGAUACUAGAUUUUUUUGGAAUUGGUUCCACUGCCGACAACCAUGCAAUGAAGGUGCUGCCUGAGGACAUUCUACAAAAUGUGAAGUCAGAAUCAAAUGCUCUCUCAGAGUCUGAACUUCAGGAUCCAGUUAACACUAAGCUGGAUCUCAAGGUUCAUUCACUCUCUCUUGUGCUGAAUAAGACCACCAGUGAGCUUGCUAAAGCGAGUGUGUCCAAAUUAGUGGCACACCUGGAAAUGAUUGAUGGAGACCUGGCCUUACAGGGAAGCAUUGGGAGCCUGUCCUUGAGUGACCUUACAGCCCAUGGAGAAUUCUACAGAGAGCGGUUCACUACAAGUGGGGAAGAAGCACUCAUCUUCCAGACUUUUAAAUACGGCCGGCCUGACCCUCUGCUCCGGAGAGAACACGAUGUCCGAGUGAGCCUCCAGAUGGCGUCCGUGCAGUAUGUCCACACACAGCGCUUUCAGGCAGAGGUGGUGGCCUUCAUUCAGCAUUUCACUCAGCUGCAAGAUGUCUUAGGGCGCCAGCGAGCUGCUAUCGAGGGGCAGACGGUGAGAGAUCAAGCCCAGCGCUGUUCACGGGUUCUCUUGGACAUUGAGGCGGGUGCUCCUGUUCUCCUUAUCCCCGAAAGUUCCAGAUCAAAUAAUCUGAUUGUAGCAAACUUGGGGAAGUUGAAAGUUAAGAACAAGUUUCUCUUUGCUGGUUUUCCUGGGACAUUUUCCUUACAAGAUAAGGAAUCUGUGCCUUCAGCUUCCCCAACGGGUACCCCCAAACACAGUAUGAGGAAAAUGACAAGCACAGAGGACCCGAAGGGAACGCGUUCUGAGGGGCUGUUCAUGAUGCCUCCUGUUGGAAUGAGUCCAGGCAGCCUGAGGAGUGAGUUUGUGCCAAGUACCUCGACCAAGCAGCAAGGGCAGCAAGCCACGCCCUCUGCUAGCCAGGUUUCCAGUAGUCCAGAAGAUCAUGUCUGCCUGCUGGAUUGCAUUGUUGUGGAUCUGCAAGACAUGGAUAUCUUUGCUGCAGAGAGACGUCCACGAGAGUAUUCUAAGGCCUCUGAUGACAGCAGUGGAGAUCUGAUAUUCCCUUCCUAUUUCGUGCGUCAGACGGGAGGGAGUCUUCUAACUGAGCCUUGUCGGCUGAAAUUGCAGGUGGAAAGGAAUUUGGACAAAGAAAUAAGUCAUACUGUGCCAGACAUAUCUAUCCAUGGCAAUCUCUCCUCAGUCCACUGCUCCCUGGAUUUGUACAAAUACAAGCUGAUCCGUGGUUUAUUGGAGAACAACCUUGGAGAGCCCAUAGAGGAAUUUAUGCGGCCUUACGAUUUACAAGACCCAAGAAUUCACACUAUUCUAAGUGGAGAAGUGUACACGUGCAUGUGCUUCCUCAUCGAUAUGGUGAAUGUAAGUCUGGAGCUGAAAGAUCCAAAAGGAAAAGAAAGUCCUGGUUCCUUAGCCAGAUUCGACUUCAAGAAAUGUAAACUGCUCUAUGAAAGCUUUUCCAACCAAACCAAGUCCAUUAACUUGGUUUCCCAUUCCAUGAUGGCUUUUGACACCCGCUAUGCUGGGCAGAAGGCCAGUCCUGGCACGACAAACGUAUUCAGCUGUAUUUUUCAGCCUUCCAGGAACAGCAGCACCACCCAAGGAUCCAUUCAGAUCGAACUGCAUUUCAGAUCUACAAAGGAUUCCUCGUGUUUUACAGUAGUCCUCAACAAUCUGCGAGUGUUCCUCAUAUUUGACUGGCUGCUGCUAGUCCAUGAUUUUCUUCACACUCCCAGUGAUAUUAAGAAACAGACUAAUGUUACUCCUUCUCGCCACCGUAACUCUAGCAGCGAAUCUGCUGUAGUCCCCAAAACUGUGAAAAGUGGAGUAGUUACCAAGCGGUCUUCUCUUCCCGUGUCCUCUGAAAGGCACCUUGAAGUCAAGGUCAAUGUAACAGGCACGGAGUUUGUGGUCGUUGAAGAUGUGUCCUGCUUCGAUACCAAUGCCAUUAUUCUCAAAGGCACCACAGUUCUCACCUAUAAGCCCCGAUUUGUUGAUCGCCCCUUUUCAGGGAGUUUGUUUGGCAUCGAGGUGUUUUCGUGCCGACUAGGAAAUGAACAUGAUACAGCUCUUUCAAUUGUUGAUCCAGUUCAAAUUCAAGUGGAACUGGUGGGGAAUUCUUCUUAUCAGAAUAGUUCAGGAUUGAUGGAUGCAUUCAAUAGUGAAGAUUUCCCACCGAUCUUAGAGAUUCAGUUACAAGCCCUGGAUAUCAGACUCUCCUACAACGAUGUUCAGCUAUUUCUUGCCAUUGCAAAAUCCAUCCCAGAGCAAGCUAAUGCUGCAGCGCCAGACUCAGUGGCCUUGGAGGCCAGCUCCGUUAGCAGUUACCUUCCCGGCACAUCUAGAGCUGGAGAGAUCAGAGAGGGGACAAGACAUACCUUAGAUCCUGUCUUGGAGUUACAGCUGGCUAGACUGCAGGAACUGGGAUUCAGCAUGGAUGAUUGUCGCAAAGCCCUUUUGGUGUGCCAAGGCCAACUGAAAAAGGCGGCAAGUUGGUUGUUUAAGAAUGCCGAACCUCUGAAAUCUCUUUCUCUGGGUACGAGUGGCCGCGAGAGCCAGGGGCCUAUGGCGGCGCGGCUCAUUUCUGGAGUGGAGGUGAAAGCCGAAAGCGUGUGCAUCUGCUUCAUCGACGACUGCAUGGAUUGUGACGUCCCUCUGGCUGAGCUCACCUUUUCCCGUCUGACUUUUCUGCAGCAUGUAAGAACUAGCCCUGAAGGGUACGCCCACUUCACCCUCUCCGGAGAUUAUUACAACCGUGCCCUGUCAGGCUGGGAGCCAUUUAUCGAGCCAUGGCCAUGCUCUGUAUCCUGGCAACAACAGGCAGCUAGUCGCCUCCACCCUCCCCGACUGAAGCUGGAAGCCAAGGCCAAACCCCGCUUGGAUAUCAACAUCACUUCUGUACUGAUUGACCAGUAUGUAAGUACCAAGGAAUCGUGGAUGGCAGAUUACUGUAAACAGGACAAGGAAAUAGAUUCAACCUCAGCAGAAGACUGGAUGGGCUCUUCAGUGGAUCCUCCAUGCUUUGGACAAAGCCUCCCCCUUGUCUACCUUAGAACUAGGAGUACAGCCAGUCUGACUAACCUAGAGCACCAGAUCUAUGCUAGAGCAGAGGUGAAGACCCCCAAGCGCCGGCAACCAUUCGUCCCUUUUGCUCUGAGGAACCACACGGGCUGCACUUUGUGGUUUGCCACCCUGACCACCACACCCACCAGGGCUGCGCUGUCCCACAGUGGGAGUCCAGGGCUCGUCCCAGAAGGGAAUGGAACAUUUCUUGAUGAUGCUCACAAUGUUAGUGAGUGGCGGGAAGUUCUCACGGGCGAAGAGAUUCCCUUUGAAUUCGAAGCAAGAGGAAAGCUAAGACACAGACACACCCACGACCUCCGGAUUCAUCAGCUGCAAGUGAGAGUGAACGGCUGGGAGCAAGUGAGCCCGGUGUCCGUGGACAAAGUGGGGACAUUUUUCCGCUAUGCAGCACCCGAUAAGAAUUCAUCUUCCUCUACGAUUGGCAGCCCAAGCAGCAGAACGAAUAUUAUUCAUCCGCAGGUUUAUUUCUCUUCACUCCCACCUGUCCGGGUGGUCUUUGCUGUGACAAUGGAGGGCAGUGCUCGGAAAGUAAUCACUGUCCGAUCUGCCCUCAUUGUGAAGAACAGGCUUGAGACACCAAUGGAACUAAGACUGGAUAGCCCAUCAGCUCCAGACAAGCCUGUGGUGCUUCCCGCGAUCAUGCCCGGGGAUUCAUUUGCUGUACCUUUACAUCUCACUUCUUGGCGGCUACAGGCCCGGCCUAAAGGAUUGGGUGUAUUUUUCUGUAAGGCUCCUAUUCACUGGACCAAUGUAGUGAAGGCUGCAGAGGUUAGCAGCAGCAAACGAGAAUGCCACUCUAUGGACUUGGACAAAAGCCGAUUCUUCAGGUUUUGUGUGGCCAUAAAGAAGGAGAAUUACCCGGAUUAUAUGCCCUCAAACAUAUUUUCUGACAGUGCAAAACAGAUCUUCAGACAACCUGGGCAUACCAUAUAUCUCCUGCCAACUGUGGUCAUCUGCAACUUGCUACCUUGUGAACUUGACUUUUAUGUUAAAGGGAUGCCAAUUAAUGGGACUCUGAAACCUGGCAAAGAGGUGGCCCUCCACACAGCUGAUACAUCCCAGAACAUUGAACUGGGGGUAUCACUGGAGAAUUUCCCACUCUGUAAAGAAUUGCUCAUUCCACCGGGAACCCAAAACUACAUGGUAAGAAUGCGACUCUAUGACAUCAACCGUCGGCAGCUGAACCUCACCAUCCGGAUUGUGUGUCGAGCAGAAGGAUCCUUAAAGAUCUUCAUUUCUGCUCCAUAUUGGUUGAUUAACAAAACAGGGUUACCACUGAUCUUCAGACAGGACAACACAAAGACAGAUGCUGCAGGUCAGUUUGAGGAACACGAGCUGGCCCGGAGCCUGAGCCCUCUCUUAUUCUGCUACGCUGACAAAGAGCAGCCAAACCUCUGCACGAUGAGAAUCGGAAGGGGGAUUCAUCCUGAAGGCAUGCCGGGCUGGUGCCAGGGCUUCUCACUGGAUGGUGGUAGUGGUGUCCGAGCUUUGAAAGUCAUCCAGCAAGGAAACCGCCCAGGGCUGAUCUAUAACAUUGGUAUUGAUGUCAAGAAAGGCCGAGGUCGAUAUAUUGACACUUGUAUGGUCAUCUUUGCCCCUCGUUACCUGUUAGAUAAUAAAUCAUCUCACAAGCUUGCAUUUGCACAGAGAGAAUUUGCCCGUGGACAGGGAACAGCCAAUCCUGAAGGUUACAUUUCGACCCUUCCUGGUUCCAGUGUGGUGUUCCAUUGGCCUCGGAAUGACUAUGAUCAGCUCCUAUGUGUCAGAUUGAUGGAUGUUCCCAAUUGUAUUUGGUCUGGAGGCUUUGAAGUCAAUAAGAAUAAUUCCUUCCAUAUCAACAUGAGAGAUACCCUGGGGAAGUGCUUCUUCCUGCGCGUGGAAAUUACUCUCCGAGGAGCCACCUAUAGGAUCUCAUUCAGUGACACGGACCAGUUACCCCCUCCUUUCCGAAUUGACAACUUUUCUAAGGUUCCUGUUGUCUUUACUCAGCACAGUGUAGCGGAACCCAGGCUCCGAACUGAAGUGAAGCCCAUGACUUCAUUGGACUAUGCCUGGGAUGAACCCACCCUGCCUCCUUUCAUCACGCUGACCGUGAAGGGCGCGGGCUCCUCAGAGCUCAACUGCAACAUGAAUGACUUCCAGGAUAACCGACAACUGUAUUAUGAAAACUUCAUUUACAUUGCUGCUACCUAUACAUUCUCUGGUUUACAGGAGGGGACAGGAAGGCCUGUGGCUUCCAACAAGGCCACUACCUGUGCAGAGCUUGUCUUGGAUGUCUCACCAAAGACACAAAGAGUCAUUUUAAAGAAGAAGGAGCCCGGGAAGCGCUCGCAGCUGUGGAGGAUGACGGGCGCGGGCAUGCUGGCCCACGAGGGCUCUUCGGUGCCUCACAACCCCAGCAAGCCCCCUGCGGCCCGCUCCCCCGAGGGCUCCGCCAUCUUGGACAUCGCGGGUCUCGCUGCCGUAACCGACAACAGAUAUGAGCCACUGAUGCUAAGAAAGCCUGAUCGCAGGCGAAGCACAACUCAGACAUGGAGUUUCCGGGAAGGAAAACUGACCUGUGGUUUGCAUGGGUUGGUUGUCCAGGCCAAAGGAGGGCUUUCUGGUUUGUUUGAUGGAGCUGAAGUUGUUCUUGGUCCUGAUACUUCCAUGGAGCUUUUGGGGCCAGUUCCACCUGAACAACAGUUUAUCAACCAAAAAAUGAGACCUGGUUCCGGAAUGUUAUCCAUCAGAGUCAUCCCAGAUGGACCAACUAGAGCACUCCAGAUAACAGAUUUCUCCCAACGGAAAAGUGAUCGUUCAUCGUAUGAAGUGGAUGAACUUCCUGUUACUGAACAAGAGGUACAGAAAUUAAAGAACCCAGACACAGAGCAGGAAUUGGAAGUGCUUGUGAAGUUAGAAGGUGGAAUUGGGUUGUCCUUAAUUAAUAAAGUCCCAGAAGAACUGGUUUUUGCAAGUCUUACAGGAAUCAAUGUGCAUUAUACACAGUUGGCAACGAGUCACAUGCUUGAGCUCAGCAUACAGGAUGUACAGGUGGACAAUCAGCUCAUUGGAACUACUCAGCCCUUCAUGCUCUACGUGACUCCCCUGAGCAACGAGAAUGAGGUCAUCGAGACCGGCCCUGCCGUGCAAGUGAAUGCAGUAAAGUUCCCCAGUAAGAGCGCACUGACCAACAUCUACAAGCAUCUGAUGAUCACAGCUCAGAGAUUCACGGUGCAAAUUGAGGAGAAACUGCUCCUCAAGCUGCUGAGUUUUUUUGGCUAUGAUCAAGCAGAAUCAGAGGUGGAAAAGUAUGAUGAAAACCUCCAUGAAAAGACAGUUGAGCAAGGUGGAACACCAAUUCGAUACUACUUUGAAAAUCUCAAAAUCAGCAUUCCCCAGAUCAAGCUGAGUGUGUUCACUUCCAACAAGCUACCAUUGGAUCUUAAGGCCCUAAAGAGUACCUUGGGAUUUCCACUGAUUCGGUUUGAGGACGCUGUGAUUAAUCUGGAUCCGUUCACUCGGGUACAUCCUUAUGAGACGAAGGAGUUCAUCAUCAAUGAUAUCCUCAAACAUUUCCAGGAGGAGCUCCUCAGCCAGGCAGCCCGGAUCUUGGGAUCAGUGGACUUUCUUGGCAACCCCAUGGGGCUUCUGAACGAUGUUUCUGAAGGGGUUACUGGACUGAUAAAGUAUGGAAAUGUCGGGGGCCUCAUCAGGAAUGUCACACACGGCGUAUCAAACUCUGCUGCCAAGUUCGCAGGGACAUUAUCGGAUGGCUUAGGGAAGACGAUGGACAAUCGGCAUCAGUCAGAGCGGGAGUAUAUCAGAUACCACGCAGCCACAAGCGGGGAGCACCUCGUAGCCGGCAUCCACGGCCUGGCUCAUGGUAUCAUUGGUGGAUUGACCAGUGUGAUAACCUCAACAGUGGAAGGAGUGAAAACAGAAGGGGGUGUCAGUGGUUUCAUUUCUGGCCUCGGGAAAGGGCUCGUCGGCACUGUAACCAAACCAGUGGCAGGUGCCUUGGAUUUUGCAUCGGAAACAGCCCAGGCGGUGAGAGACACAGCCACGCUCAGUGGCCCCAGGAGCACAGGAAAGGCACAAAGUGGUUGCCACAGAAACAAAAGCUGUCCUUGUCAGUUUCACUGGUUGCCCAGCGCUGACGUAGCAGGUUUCACGCCAUGUCACCCGGUCGUUUCUAGUCAGUAAAUCCUGAUGGACAAUUUUCUAAGGACUCGGUUGGGAAUAUAGCAGGAAGCAAGACUGGCCCCUGUCUUCAAGGACCUACAGUCCAGUGGGGAAGCAAACAUAAAACAAAUAAUCAUAGUAAUAAUUACUUGCUAAAAUUGUGAUAAAUGACACAGGAGAUGUACAGGAUGCUGUGAGACUGUGUAACUGGAGAAGGCGAAGGGGAGAAGGAGGUUGGCUAACCUGUGGUCAGUGGCAUCAAGAAGGACUUGUUGAGGAAAGUGCAGUAGUGUUAUCCUACGCGUUAUCCACUGGGCCACCGAGCCCCCUGGGAAGUGCUAAUUAAGAUGAAGCCUGAAGUAUAUGGUGGAGGCUGGCCAAGUAAAAGGGAAGAGAGAAUCAUAUUCCAGGUAAAAAGGGGUCCAGAGAGGCUAGGCAACUCACCUGGAAACCAGUGGUAAUCAGGCAUUCUAAUGGAAGUCUAGCUGCAGAUUUCCUGAGACAGUUCUCUUCGUAGCCCUUCACUCCUAGAAACAAAAGCUAGUGGUAAGCGAGAAGCAGCCAGGCAGUCAUCGGCCUGGAGACCUGGAGUCUUAAAUGAGGGGGAAGUAAGCCUCUGCAUCUCCUCUUUGUUCUUAGAGGAGCCAGUGGUGGGGGAGCCUUGGCCAAAGUUACCAGAGGUGAGUGGGACACGCAGAGGGCCGUCUAAUUGGGAGCCUCAAAGAGAUUUGGCCCUUUACCCUUUAUUGCACUGACAAGGCAUUACAGCUUCUUCUGAAACACUGACCAGUUUCCCUCUGUCCAUUUGUCUGGGGUCCCAAAAUAGAUUAUUAACGAGCAUCCAUGUGUUACAAAAGAACACAUGGCCUGGAAAAUGGCAGGUCUGGGUCCCCACAUCCCUCUUAGUUUGAGGCCUUUGGUCAAGUCUCCCUGUCUCCUUAAGCCUCGGUUUUUCCCUCUAUAAAUUGGGGGUAAAUAUACCUGUUUAUUUUCUCUCUCAGAGGUCUGAAGCCCAACCAGUUAUUUUAAUGUGGAUGUUCUAAGGAACUAUAAAAUGCUGGACAAUCCUAUUUUUGAAAGUCACAUUAAAGGAGCACUGAGAUUCUUGCAGGUGGAGAAAUGUUUCAGUGCCCUGAGGGUUUGUUCUGAUGACACUGUGAUCUCUUAGGAACAUACUAGUUCUACCAAGGGAUAAAUCACCCUGGUUUCUUGGAAGUGAGUUAUAACCAUCUCCAACCAUCCCAAUUGAUUGAACAGGAUCCAGGGGUGUUACUCAGGGUUUUUCCCCACUGUUUAGACAACAGGGACUAACAAAUGAUUUGAAGGGAUUAGAAGUGAGAUUCUGACCGAGGGCUGACCUGAGCCCAGGGACUGAGCCAGGAAUAGAACCCAGGAGUCCAAGAGUUCUGCCUCUGAGUCUGCUCUUGGAACAAGACUUUCUGCUUCCUUUGUACUAUUUCAUCCAAGUGAAGGCUUAGAUCUUAGCAUCUAUGUUUUAAAUGACUCAAAUUUUAAGCAGAUGAUAGCAGAGUAAGCCAUAAAACUGUGAAAGAAUAUUCCUUCCAGUAAUCCAUCUGAAAAGUGGCCUUACAGGAAAUAUUGGCUCCUUUUUUGUGUUUAUUUGAACAUGAUUUUAUUUAUAGGGAGCCCCUUCCUUGAGUUCUUUUAGACUAAAAUACUUCCAAGUGCCUCUCCUUGGUGGAGUGUGCAGGCAUUCCGAAGAGACAGUCACUCAACUUUUCCCUGAAAUUGCCAUGCCAUCUGAUAGUUCUUGGGAAGGCAGGUGGGGGUGGCAGGGAGAAGAGGGCGGAGGACAGCAGAGCCUUUGGCCUCCGCAUGAAUGUUGUAGACCAGUAUCCCCUGCUGCAUUCGUUAACUGUACAAGUAUGUGUGGUUUGGAACCGAAAUAAGAAGCCUUUUCCAAGGCAACGUUGUGCUGGCUCAGGUUGCAUCUUCUAGUCUACGUGUAUGGGGCCACAUUUGUCUGUUCCCAAGUAAAGUUCAUGAAAAUGGCACAGCUGGCAGCCACACUUGUGGUGCCAUGGAAGCCUUGUCGAAAGCCCACCGCUCUUCAAACAGGCCAGGUCAAAGCAGGGCACCCGCUGGGCUGCCUGCCCGGCUCCUGCGUGUGUGCUGGUAUUUGACGGUAGUGUUUGGAAGGAUAACUUGGGUGGGUAGAAAGCCGCAGAGACCCAGGGGCGGCCAUUGCCCAACAGAAGGCAAAAAUAACGUGGAAAGGAGGAGCUUCGGACUCCGGGCUAUUUAUUUGCUUGUUUAUUUCUCUAAAUACCAUCUGUUGUAGGCUUUGGGUUACAUGACAUUUUGGGAAAGUAGCAGAUGAAGAUUUAUGAAGCUGGACCCUGAACCUUCCUCCAAAAUAUUUCUUCACCUUUUUAGUCAAGGCCCAAAAUGGGGAGAGAAGUGGGAGCUGCCAGAACUUGAAAUAUUUAAACUAAUUUAGUGAAGCCCAGGAGUGGUGGGCUUAUCUCCUUAUUUAAGUUAGAUAAGGAGGAACGGGGGUUUGCAGGGUAGUGAUAGAUCGGUGCUUAAGAAUAUAGCCACCAGGACUCUGCUGCGCUCUGGAGUCCCAGGAGCCCUGUAUUGUGCCCGGACGUGUAAAUUCCAGUUGCUCUGAGAGCUUUCGGGCAACCUUUUGGUUAAUGUCACGGAAAAGAUUUAUGGCGGGCAUAUUUGACUUUUUCAGUAAAAACACUCCCAAGACACCACCCAAAAUUUGUUAAAGACACUUUUCAUUAAUGGCCUCCUGGAUGUGAAAUUGAAGUGGAUUUUCUCAAGCAAACAUCCUUUUUGUUGCAGUGUUUGCUUCGUACCUAUGACUCUCUAAGACUAAAAGGAAGAAAGACCCUGUUGGGUCACCAGAGCCUGAAUGCAGUCAGGUUGGACAGGUUGGGGAAAGGGCCACAAAGGGAGUUUAGGAAAUGCUGUCACUACUCUUUCCUAAUGGAAGCAGUGCUUGUAAUUACCCUGCAAGCAGCCGUUUGCUUUCCUUGUAUUGCACAUAACACAUUAAGCAGAACUGGUUUGAAAUGAGCCUUCGGGGAACUUCCAAAGGUACAAAUCUUAAUAAAAACUACAGUGUUUGUCAGGAUGCACCCAUGCUAUCAGUUUUUUCCACCAGUGUUCCUCCUAAGGCAGAGGAGAGUGGGCUGACAUCCCAUGUAGCUGGGGGCAGAAGCAAGUCCGAUAUUGCUUGGGAAAGUUUAUCUUUAAACUCUAAAUGAAUUUUACCUCUCAUCCUGUAUUUGUUUUCAUAAGAUGUUUUCAGUUGCUACCUACCAAAAUUAACCCUUCACAAAGAUACACCAGGUCAUCCUGUAGCUUCUGCCUCAUUCACAUUUAAGAGCUACAAGGUAUGCUUUCCAGAUGAGUCCUCUAGACCCACGGAGCAUUGAUGGAAAGACAGGUAAACGAACACGAGUGGAAAGCCAGAGCCUAGUACAUAGUUGACCCCGAGGCUCAGUUUCUGAUCUUUGGGCCGAUCUGUCUAUCGGCUUGGUAGCGGUCUGCUGCUUGGGGCAGCCAGUGCAGUGGUGGACAUGCCAGCCUUAUCAGGAGAAGGACUUUGAUUUCAGUGGCACUGAGAAAGGAUUGCUGUGUCCGUCCAGAGGGAAGGGACUAUUCAUACCUCCCUUCUGCUGUCCAGAAGUGGUACAUUGGAUAUGGGGCAGCCACCCAUCCUGUCUCCUGCUCACCCUUGGGUAUGUAGGAGGUGAAAGCCAUACGGUCUCACUUCCUGAUCCUGCCAAACCAGGCCUUUCCAGAGAAUGCCCCAAGGUGGAUGGAUCAUUUUCUCACUCUUUCUGAGCAACCCCCACAGAAGAAACCACAUUCAGAGCCAUGUCACAACAUAGGAUAUCUUGCUUGGGUCUGAGUUUAAGCUGAUGAAGUUCCAGGGUAAGAUAUUUUUUAGAAACCUCUUUCAUGCCUUAUAAGUUAAAAUUCCUCUCAUAGGAACCCAAGCAGGGAGAUCUUAUUUUUUCUAAGACAGACUUCUUCCCUCUUGCUGAACUGUAAAUACCGUACUUUGCUUUCACUCAGAGGCUCCAGACGAUGCCACUCUUGUUAUAACAUAACUUAUGGAAAGCUCAGAUCUGUUGCUGAAAAAAAAAAAUGGAAACCUGCACACACGUAUUUGAAAAGAGUCUUUCCACUUUUGAAAUCCCAUGACUCAUUUUUAUGCAAGAUUAUCUGUUAAGAAAAAAAAACACUUUUUUGGUCAUGGUACAUUAUAAUCGUUUCUAGAAAGGAGAGUGUCUGUUUUUUGCCAUUUUUGGCAUGCAGAGAUGACUGGCUUUGGAAAACGGCACAAUCCUGUUUCCAAAAGUAAAAAUAAAUUGAAUCUAUGCGUGUACAUCUUUUAAGUACAAUCCCUGUAUCUCAACCAACAGGUCUUUGCUCAAAGAAAAUAGGAUGGAAAGUGUGUAGUGCUUUCAGAUCUUUGUCUCCUCCAUUUGAAAAUUAAGUGAUCAAUCCAGCCAUUGUACAUGUUGGGCCCUUUCCUUGCUCAGUGAUUUGGUUAGUAAAACUCUGAGGGACUGCAUUUAAGAUUUUUGCUUAAAAUGGUGUAGAAUGGUGUAGUCCUUCCUGAGAAGAAUUUGUAUUUUGUGCAUUAGAGAAGAACUGAAAAGCCAUCUACUGUUUCUGGGAUUCCUCUGCAAAGGUGUUAUGGUCACUUAUUUGGGGGUUUUGAUGACUACGUCUCUAAUGAUUUUCCCUUAUAGAGUCAUCCCUUGUUGCCCAGGAUGAACUAGGAAUUCCCCCUUAAAGAGAGGAGCCAGGUUUGAGUUCCAGUCCCCUGCUCCCAAAAAGCUUCAGGUGUGAGGUAAUUGUGAGGUGCAUAGGGGACCAGCAGGCUGGCCGGGGGUAGACUGUAGUGUUGCAUCACAAGGGAGAGCUUAUAAUCCUGGGGGCAGGAAAAGGUAGGCGUGGGGGUGGUAGUGAACCCAGAGUCUCCCUGCCCUCGUACCUUCAUUUAGUCUGUUUUGCCAGACCGCCUCUCAAAGACAGAUUCUUGCUAAGUUUCUCACUAACUUGUCAAGUAGGGGGAAAUAAGAUUGCAUCUGUAAAACAUUUUAAUCACUAUAUACUCUGAAAAAGGAAAGGAAGGAGAGAAAGGAAAGAAAGGGAAACUUUUCUUAUAUUGGGUUUAUACAAUUCAAUGCAAAUCGGGUUAACAGCGUUCCUCGUCUCUGUCCUUAGCGGAUUUACUCAGAUACGUAGAGGAAACUGAUGUCUCAGCGAGCACAAAAUUUGUCCACGUGGGUCCUUUUAGAACACAGGCUCUCAAAAUAUGGUGUGAGGACCCCUAGGGAACCUCAGCCUUUCCCAGGAUCCAUGAGGUCAAACUUGUUUUUUAUACAUUUAAAUAACCAUUGUUAUAAUAAUAUUCUCUAAUGAACGUACGGUGGAGUUUUCUGGAAGCCACACAAUGUGUGAUACUGCACACAGCGAUUGACUGUAGAAGCAGAUAAGAGAAUGCAGCUGUUUUCUAUUAAGCAAGACUUAAGGAGAUUUGCAGAAAUGUAAACCAGUGCCACUCUUCGCACCUCCUUCCACCCACGCGUAUGCGCCAGCCAGCAGGCGCCGUACCGGGCUCCUUCCCCGACGGGAUGCUCUGAUGCUCCGUCGCCCCGCUGGCCAGUAACACCUGUCGCCAGCGGUGGACUAAUGUGGAUUCAGCAGCGGGAGCCCCAUGAGAGGACGCUUCACCUUGGUGUCCUGCUGGCCCUCGUCCGCCCUCCUGGUUUGCUCCUGACUUUUACUGGGUUUCUUGAGGUAACAAUUGGAAAGAUUGUGUUACGUACCAGGAGACCUCUCACGAUCAUUUACCCAGUUCAGUCCCUCACCUUAGCAGCGUGGGGAGUGAGGAGCACCUUACCCCGAAGCCUAAGGUCCAUCCUGUCCAAGGCCACUUGCUCCCGCGGGCUCGGCCCCGAGCUGGGUCGGGACCUGGAGGAGUGCGCACUAGGUCGGCGUUUACGUAGCAGAACCUGAGCUCCGCCGCAGCGAGGCUGGUGGAGCAGGACAAGCCCGUGGGAUGUGGAUGCGCUCCUUUGAACUCUCGGGGGAAAGCGGGUUUUAUGCGGCAGGUCUGUGUUAACACCAGAGGCAGCUCCUGCUAGAUUGUCCCUAAACAUACUUCAAACAUAGGUGAUGCCAGGGGUGACCCAGGCAGCAUCAUGAAAUCCCGGGGACUGCAGGAAACUUCAGAGGAGACUCAGAGCCCAACUUGGCUUGUCUUUGUGGGGAGGGUGGGCCACGGGAAUCCUGGGGCCUUCGGACCAGUUGGAUCCGAUGGAACCUCCCUGCGUGGGCCAGGAUGGACAGAGGGCAAAGUUCAUCCGUUCUUUAGACUUCCCAGAUCCACCGCAGCAGCACAGGCAGGAUGGUAAUGACUGGCACCUGCCCACUUCUGGAGGCGCGAAAGGCCGGAUCACCAUGUGGGUGUUCAUAUCCCUCGUGAAAAGAUGAGAGCCUCUGAGACUUACUCUGUUUUUUGCUUGACUUGUUGAGGGGCCCCGUUAGUUCAGUUGGGCUGAUUCUAAACGUGAGAUGCUCUGAUCGGUUGCUUGGUAAACACACUGGUUCAAGUAUAGGCAGAUUGACAGCAGAGAUGCAUUAAUUGGUGAAGUGUUGCCUUCUCCUGUGUUCCGGGCAUAUCCUAGGUAUUCAGUGCUGAGAAUAUUUAAAUACUCGAGGACAAACUGCUUUGAAGAAUCUUCCAGAUUCUUGAGAAUCACCAAGUUGUUUGUAUGUUAAUACUUUUAAUUUGGUCUCAUGCUUAUUAAAACAAGUUUCCUAUCACUUCCUUGAAGUACCUCUUUAUUAGUGACUUGAUUUACUGUUUGUUCUUGGAAACCGCAACUUGCAUUUGUGUUGUGCUCUAUUUUGGGGAGGCUUGGCGGUUUUUCCAACCUUAUGAACAGGUCUGUCACUACUCUUUCAAAACUCUUCAAUGAUCUCUGCUCUUUCUACCUUCUAUUGCUAACUAUUAUUUAAUUUCUGUAUUAAUAAAAACAACGAUUUUAAAAAGCUAUGACUUUGACCAUGAUUAUCUCACUAUAACAAAUUUUUUUCUAAAGAUUUUAUUUAUUCAUGACAGACAGAGGCAGAGACACAGGCAGAGGGAGAAGCAGACUCCCUGUGGGUCUUUUAAAAUUAAAUUGUAUUUUGUCAAAGUAGAUAUAUGUCCACCCUUUUAAAAAUCAAAAGACUUCUACAUGUCUGAAAAUAAAAACCACCAAUCUCCUGCCCCACUUUUCCCUACCUCUGAUUUCUGCUCCCCCAGAGACAACCACUUUCAACACUUUUGAUUUGGAAGUAUUUGCUUUUGUGUUUCUUAAAAAAAAAAAAAAAAAAAAAAAAAA